GAUAUCCCACAGAUACAAACACAAGCAAUAUCUCCAUCUCAUUUACCAAUCACUAUCCACACAAUAAAUCGAAUCAAAUCCACAUACCACAUCACUCGAAACUAUGCCUUUGUUCUGGUCUAAAGGAGUUGGAGGCAGAAGAUUCGGUGCAAACAUUACUGCAGAUAGGCAUGGUGUCAGAAAGCCUGUCUGGCGUAUGCGUCUUUGCGGACUCAACUGCUUUCGUUGAACAGCAUUCAAAGCACCUUUACUUUACAACACGUCUUGCAAUUAGUAACGAGGAACGAUACCAUGAAUGAGACGACACAGGGAUGGAAUGAGAUACACAUUUUGAGUUUUAUAUGAUGGAAAGGCGUUAGCGAAUGCAUUUCGGAUAUCAUAUAAGUUUGCUACAAUCAGGUAGCCUGUUUCAACAUUGCACUAUGGCAAUUAGGUUUUAUGGCGGGAUGAGGACUAGCAUUUGGCGAAUAAUAACAUAUUGACACUUCAACAGAAGGGGGUGGCCGACUUGUAUAACGAGUGAAGUGAAGAAUACUCUGUGUGUGUGGCUCAAAGAAUCUAAUGUCUAAUGAUGGAUGCCCCAUGUGCUAGCGCCAUGCUAUCUCUGCUCGGUCCACUGUUUUUCUUAUCCACAUCACGUGCCGAUAGAUAGUGAAAUUAUUUUCUAGUUUGUGACGGCA